AUGGCCACGGAAGACACCAAACCGAUCGAACUCGUUCAGACCGGUAAACGCGACUAUCUGAUCACCCUAGAGAAGCGGUAUCAGGCAGCUUGGGCCCGCGACAAAAUCUUCGAGGUCAAUGCUCCCCCAAUCGAGUCUGUUGCUGGGCUAUCGAUUCCAGAAAUCCACGACAAACAUCCCAAGUGGUUCGGUACCUUCCCAUAUCCCUACAUGAAUGGCAGUCUACAUCUCGGCCACGCGUUCACAAUCUCCAAAAUCGAGUUCGCAGCUGGAUAUCAGCGUAUGCUCGGGAAAACUGCCCUCUUUCCCCAUGGAUUUCACGUUACUGGUUUGCCUAUCAAGGCCUCAGCAGACAAACUGAUUCGUGAGAUGGAACUCUUCGGGCCCGAUUUCCAAAACUUUGAGGAAGUCUCACAACAGCUGGCAGCCGAGGCCGAAGAGACGGAAAAGCCUAUUGCGGUCGUGCAAGACGGUCCCAUCAACAAAGCCAAGGCUAAAAAGGGAAAGAUAGUUGCGAAAUCGACAGGACUGGCAUAUCAAUUCCAAAUCCUCCAAUCCAUCAACAUCCCAACGGAAGAAAUCAAGUUGUUUGCUGACCCUCAACACUGGCUAAAAUACUUUCCCCCCAUUGCUAUCGAAGACCACACGGCGUUUGGUUCUCGCAUUGACUGGCGGCGACAAUUUUUGACUACCCCCGCCAACCCAUACUAUGACGCAUUUGUACGGUGGCAGAUGAAUAAGCUUCAUCGACUGGGCAAAAUCAAAUUUGGCGAACGAUAUACAAUUUAUAGCCCCAAAGACGGUCAGCCCUGCAUGGACCACGACAGGUCAGAUGGCGAAGGUCUUGGCCCGCAAGAAUACACUGCGAUAAAAAUGGAAGUUGUCGAGUGGAGCGAAGCCGCGAACCUCGCGGUUGUAGAGAAACUUAGUGGACGCAAAGUCUUCUUGGUCGCCGCGACGUUGAGACCGGAAACGAUGUAUGGGCAGACCAACUGUUUCGUUGGGCCAUCCCUCAAGUAUGGUGUCUUCGCCAUGAAUGAUGAAGAGGCUUUUGUUUGCACCUAUCGUGCUGCACGCAACAUGGCUUUCCAAGGCAUCUCGAAAAUGCGAGGAGAAAUCAAGCAACUGUUAGAGAUUUCCGGCUCUGCCCUGGUCGGCACCUUGGUCAAUGCCCCAUUCUCGCUGAACCCUCAAGUUUAUGUGUUGCCCAUGGACACUGUCUUGCCAUCCAAAGGCACUGGCGUUGUAACCUCAGUUCCAUCGGACUCGCCAGACGACUGUGCCACCCUGACUGACCUGGUCAAGAAGCCCGCCUUUUACAAGAUCAAACCAGAAUGGGCGAGUUUCCCUCCGACACCUGUUAUCAACACUCCUGGGUUUGGCGACCUGAUUGCGCCAGAGCUCGUCAAACGAAUGAAAAUCCAGUCCCAAAAAGAUGCUAAACAGCUGGCGGAAGCAAAGGAAAUCGCAUAUAAAGAAGGCUUCUAUAACGGUGUGAUGCUUGUCGGCGAGUUCAAAGGUAUGCGUGUCGAGGAGGCGAAACCUCGUGUCAGGGAGGCAAUGAUUCAGGCCGGCUUGGCUAUGGCAUACGCAGAGCCGGAAGGAUUGAUUGUCAGCAGGAGCGGCGAUGAAUGUAUCGUUGCGCUGAUGGAUCAGUGGUAUUUGGACUACGGUGAAACGACUUGGCGGACAGAGACUGAACGGUUGGUCAACAACAUGGAGCUAUAUCAAGCUGAAACUCGCCAUUCUUUCGAGAAAUCUUUAGCUUGGUUGAACCAAUGGGCUUGCGCCCGCACAUAUGGACUGGGAUCGCAACUUCCUUGGGACCCUCACUUUUUGGUCGAGUCUUUAACUGAUUCGACGAUAUACAUGAGCUACUACACGGUUGCCCAACUCCUCCAUGAAAACGAUAUGUAUGGCUUGAAACCAGGGCCGUUAGGAAUCACCCCCGAUCAAAUGACCGACGAAAUCUGGGAGUACAUCUUCUGCGACGGUCCUUUCCCAACACCAUCACCUCUGUCACAAGACAAAGCGGACGCACUCAAAUAUGAAUUUAACUACUUUUACCCACUCGACAUCCGCUCGUCUGCCAAAGAUCUGGUGCCGAACCACCUCACAUUCUGCUUGUACAACCACGUCGCGCUUUUCUCUCCAGAAAACUGGCCCCGUAGUAUGCGUACAAAUGGCCAUCUCCUGCUUAACGGGCAGAAAAUGUCGAAAAGUAAAGGCAAUUCGCUCACUUUGCGCGAAGCGAUCAACAAAUUUGGUGCUGACGCCACACGACUCAGUCUGGCAGAUGCCGGUGAUGGCGUUGAAGAUGCCAAUUUCGACGAGAAGAGCGCCAACGCCAACAUUCUUCGGGUCCAUACACUCGUUUUAUGGUGUGAGGAAAUGGUCAAAGAACAAGCAAAUCUUCGUCAUGGACCGAAGUCUUCGUAUCACGACAAGGUUUUUGAGCAUGAAGUUAACGAAUUGGUCAACAUCACACAGUCUCACUAUGAAGCGUACGACCAGUUCCCUUUUAGGCGAGCACGCACGCUGAUGGUCAUCCCGUUUAGCACCAACUACAAGGAUGCUCUCAAGUAUGGCUUUUAUGAGCUCCAAACCGCGCGGGACUGGUAUCGCGAAGUCACUUCCGACAUCGGCAUGCAUACCGAAUUGGUCCUUUAUUGGAUCAGAAUAUCGGCUUUGUUGAUCGCUCCCAUUGCGCCGCACUUUGCCGAACACAUCUACAGCACUAUUCUACAGUCGUCAACAUCGAUUCAACAAGCAUUGUGGCCCACGCCUCCACCUGUUGAUCCUACGAUAGUUGAGACUGGUGUCUACAUGCGUGGAACAACCAAGCAGAUGCGUGAUUCGGAGGCUGCCUUGAUCAAGUUUACUAGCAAGAACAAGGGCAAGAAAGGCAAUGAUGCUCGCCUGCUAUAUGACCCGAAACAGCCCAAGGCAGUCCGAAUAUAUGUCGCGACGACCUUUCCGCAGUGGCAGGAUGCCUGUGUCCAAAUUAUCAAAGAGGUCUACGAUCCUGCAACGGACCAAGUUGACGAUGUAAAAGUGAGGGGUCUGUUGACGGCGGGUGGAUUGAUCAAGGACAAGCGUGUGAUGCCUUUUGUGCAAGACUUCAAGAAACGAAUGGCACAAUUUGGGGCACAAACUGCUUUUCGCCGCACUGUGCCGUAUUCCGAACGCGAUGUGCUUUCAGACAUUGAAGCUUAUCUGAAGAGGUCCCUUGGAUUAACCAAGCUUCAGGUUUACUCCGUAGAAGAAGCAUUGGCGAGGAGCGAAGAUGGAUUCACAGCAAGUGUUGUUCAAUCUGCUGAGCCCGGGAGCCCUGCGUUCGAGUAUUAUAAUGUUUAG